GGCACUCAGAACUUUUCGGAAAGAUGUGCUACAGAUGUUCAUGUGCCAUUGUUUCUACCAACUGAAUGCUCCAAUUGUAGAGCAGAAGGGAGCCUGAAAUGCCAGGCCGGUUCAAAAUCGAUUGCUGUUAUCACUCGUGAUGGUCGCUUUGAUCUCUCAAACACUUCUUUUUGCUGCUCGAAAUGCCUUUGCAUAGCAGAAGCAAGUGUUGAAGUAUAUCUUCAGUCUGGAUUUUGGCCUGGAUGUCCGACGUCCUUAACGUAUUUGUUCUCCACAGAUGUACUGGAACAUUGGACUCAUCUCAAGCAUCAGCUGCCGGGGUCCUCAGAACGUAAAUAUCUAACAAUUUUAGAGGAAUUAUCAAAAACAAGAGGCAGAUUCGAUGUCAUCAGCCGGGUUCAUUUUGCUCGAGCUUCGAGAGAGUACGAAUAUAUGCAACAUCAAAUUAACACGAAAAUUUUGUCCCGGCAAGUUAUGGUUUGUAAAGCAUGCGGUGUGAAACCCAAAGCUUUGCACGUUGAUGGAAAUUUUAAGCUUUAUCGAUGGCGUUUAUCUCACAUCAAAGAUAGAUCUCGCUCUCUUUUUAAUAGUGAUAUUAUUCACUCUGAUGAAGAUGUGAAGAGCCAUGUAGAAUUGAUUGACUCUGUUAAGCCCAGGGGAAAAGGCAAAGAUACUUGUGGAGAUUCCGCAUAUACCGCUAGCCGUCUAGAAUCCAAUCGGAAGAAAAACAUGGACCAAACGGGAGUUCUAAUGGGUUCUUGCCGUCACGGAGUUAUUCUAGGAGCGGCGAAUAUGGGUCGUGGGGAGACAUAUCGUCAUGUCCAUUUUCUUCAUAGCAAAAUUUCUUGCGAAUUCUUUUGUCAAGAUGUCGUGUGCAAAUAUUUCUGCUUUGCUGAAGAAAUUGGCAAAACAAAGGGACUCGAAAGAUUUGCACAAGUAACGCAGAAUUGUACUGGCUUCCUGUCCCGAUGGCACGGAAAAACUCACUCAUGGCCAUGCCAAUUGUUAUGGGGUGGAAGUUGGAAACUCCAUGCAGCUGCUACCACGGGGGAGGAACAAGAACAAGUCUUUUCAACAAUGUCGCGAUAUUCCAACACAACCCGUUAUAUGAGUGAUGCUUCCCGAAGGGAUCAUCUAAGCGCUGCAAUCGGAUAUUGGAAUAGGCGAAAAGAAGAAAAUAUGGGGAAAACUCUUGUCAAGCGUUUGCUAAAAGCUCGGAAGAAGGUCGCCUGUCUAGAAAAAGAAUUUGAUUCCUUGAUGAGAGAAAGAGGGCUAGUGGAAGAAGAUCUGCCAAAGAUACUGGAACACCUUCGCACUAAGGCAAUAAAUUCUCAUGAUAAAAUUGCUUCGACAAACUGGCCUCUCGCAUAUGAAAAAGAAGACUUAGAGGGACUUUAUCUUCAAAUACAUAGGUUGCAAUAUAGGAUAGAAACAGUAGCCGUUUCAUCUAAAGAGAGAACAAAAUUAAGAAAAGGAAUUACCAAAGCUAAAAAAAGGGCCGAAGGGCAUAUCUUGUUUGUUAAUCAAAUGAUUGAAAAUUGCCAAACAAAAUUGCAGCCUAAAGUUGCUGAAGCUGAAAUUAGAACCUGGCGGAAAGUCGAACCAACUGACUUCACUGAAGGAAUUUUACCAUGGCAAACAGAAGGAUCGGUUUCUGGUCGAGGCAAUUUUCACCUGAUCGACCUGUGGAUGCUCCUAAGAAGAUUUAAAGAAGAAGUAACUGAAACUCCCAUCGAAAUGUUUCGAUACUUGGAUUCGUUAUCACAUCUCAAAAAGUCACUGGAACUAAGUUUGUCAUGUUCUGAAUUACCUUUAAAUCGAGGGAAACGUUUUCUUGUAUGUAAUGAAAUAAAAAAAUUGAAACUAACCUAGCUUCCUCGCUCUCACUUUUUGAGGAAUACUUACCGCCAGAUAAACACGACGUGUUUUAUGAAUUUUACAAUAGUUCUGAAGAUUAGAGUGAUUGUGAGUCUGAUAGCGAUGAUGAACUGGUUGAGGAAUAAUUGUAAGAUGACAAAUUAACAGUGAAAUGCAACAAUAUUUGUAUAGCUACAGAACUGGAAUGAAUAAAACUUGGAUAAAACGAGGUAAAAAUAUAUUUAGUAGCAAAAUCAAUUUAGCUAUUGAGUUUAUGUACUGAACGAUCAACGAUGCAAGGAAAUACAAAAAUACCGCCAUAAAAUAUUGGCUUC